UCAGCUCAGACUCGUUUGUAAACCAGGUCACGAUGUCGAAACCGGACAAACAUCUGUGACUGUGACUUUGUCUUUUGUCCUUUGUCCUCUUGCUCCUCCUGACGUACCUGUCCGGUGAGUCCAGGUCUCCUCCUCCUCCUCCUCCUCUUCCUCUUCCUCCUCUCAGGGAACAAUGUUCAACCUGCUCCCUCCUCUCAUUCCUCUGGAAACUACAAGGAAACGAGGAGGAGGAGCAUGAAGCGUUUACCGGAUUCAGGUGAAACAGAGGAGUGAUUGUUUUCUACUGAGUGAGGAGAGAGAGAGAGAGAGACAGAGAGAGAGGAGAGAGACAGACAGGAGACAGAGAGGAGACAGGAGACAGUUGAGGUAGAAGAAGAUGAAGAAGAUGUUCUCCUUCCGUCGCUCAGUGAGAGAUCCAACACCUGAGAGCUUCCACAUCUCGUCCCUGCCGCCCAGUGUCCCCAGCUGUCAGGAGGACGGACGGACCACAGCACCAGCUGCAGAUGUGUCGGCAGAGAGAGAGUGUGCGAGCGUGAUCCAGACGACACACACACACCGAGGCCCCGCCCCCUCCGUCUUCCUCCAGAAGCAGAACCAUGAGCCCGUCGCCACCACCUACUUCGACAAGAAGGUCCCUGUCCCCGACGAGGACAGUGAGCAGACGAGCUUCAGCCUGCGGAAGCUGUGGGCCUUCACUGGGCCGGGCUUCCUGAUGAGCAUCGCCUACCUGGACCCGGGGAACAUCGAGUCCGACCUGCAGUCCGGGGCCAAAGCCGGGUUCAAGCUGCUCUGGGUGCUGCUUGGCGCCACCAUCAUCGGCCUGCUGCUGCAGCGGCUGGCGGCGCGACUGGGCGUGGUCACGGGGAUGCACCUGGCGGAGGUCUGCAACCGGCAGUACCACACGGUGCCGCGUGUCAUCCUGUGGUUGAUGGUGGAGCUGGCCAUCAUCGGCUCGGACAUGCAGGAGGUCAUCGGCUGUGCCAUCGCCUUCAACCUCCUCUCCAGCGGCAGGAUUCCCCUGUGGGGCGGCGUCCUCAUCACCAUCGUCGACACCUUCGUCUUCCUCUUCUUGGACAAGUACGGUCUGAGGAAGCUGGAAGCGUUCUUUGGUUUACUCAUCACGGUCAUGGCCAUCACGUUUGGAUAUGAGUAUGUGACGGUGAGUCCGGACCAGGGUCAGCUGCUGAAGGGGAUGUUCGUGCCGUACUGCCAGGGCUGCGGCCCGGCUCAGAUGGCUCAGGCCGUCGGCAUCGUGGGAGCCGUCAUCAUGCCUCACAACAUCUACCUCCACUCGGCUCUGGUCAAGUCUCGAGAAGUGGAUCGAACCAACAGGAAGGAAGUCAGAGAGGCCAACAAGUACUUCUUCAUCGAGUCGACCGUCGCCCUCUUCAUCUCUUUCCUCAUCAACGUCUUCGUGGUGGCUGUCUUCGCCGAGGCUUUCUACGGUCGCACAAACAUGGAGGUGCACAACGUCUGCAAUGAUUCAGGAAGUCCUCAUUCACAGCUGUUCCCUCAGGACAAUCACACUCUGGAGGUGGACAUCUACAAAGGGGGAGUGGUGCUGGGCUGCUUCUUUGGCCCAGUGGCGCUCUACAUCUGGGCCGUGGGGAUCCUCGCAGCUGGUCAGAGCUCCACCAUGACUGGAACGUACUCUGGACAGUUUGUUAUGGAGGGUUUCUUGAACCUGCGCUGGUCGCGUUUCGCCCGGGUGCUGUUGACCCGCUCCAUCGCCAUCACCCCCACCCUGCUGGUGGCCGUCUUCCAGGACGUGCAGCGCCUCACGGGCAUGAACGACCUCCUGAACGUGCUGCAGAGCAUGCAGUUGCCAUUCGCCCUCAUUCCCAUCCUCACGUUCACCAGUCUUCCUUCUCUCAUGAACGAGUUUGCCAACGGACUGGUGUAUAAGAUCGGCGGGGGGGCGGUGAUCCUGCUCGUCUGCUCCAUCAACAUCUACUUCGUGGUGGUUUACGUGACGGCUCUGGACAGCGUGCUGCUCUACGUGCUGGCGGCGCUGCUCUCCGUGGCCUACCUGACCUUCGUGGGAUACUUGGUGUGGCUGUGCCUGAUCGCUCUGGGAGUUUCUUGUCUGGAUCCGACCACACGGAGAGGGAACGACACGACCAUCCUGAUCGAGCAGCAGCCGGAGUUCGAUUCCUGAGCCUCGUGUGUGAGUGGACGCUCGUCACUGAGGUGCAGCUGUGAACCACCUUUGACCACAUGUACUUUUCUUUUAGCGCUGAUUUAUUUAUACCUGAAGUUCUUCGAGUGUCAGAAGGUCGUUUGGUCUCCUAGUUCCACGUCUCAACUUUCCUCUCUGCAUCUCUGAAGUCAGGACUUGAAGAAAAAUCUUCUUCUCACUGUUUGACGUCAUUUUCAUGAACGGGCUCUUCUGACACUGUUCAGGAAGCAGAACCUCACAUUUCAAGAUUGGGGAACUGGUUAUGUUUAUUUUCUGUCCUUGUGCACGUUCACUGAAAAACGCACGGGUUGUUGUUUAUCAUGUUUACUCAUUUCCACACUUUCCUGAAGGUAGAAAGCAGGAAGAACAAUAUGUGACUCAUUUCUUAUCUGUUUGUUUUUUUAUCUUAUUUCUGCAGCAGCAUCUGUUCAAUCAUUUUAUUGUUUUGUUGUUUUAUUGUUUUAUGAUCACACAGUAUGGCCCAACAAACAUGAAUCAAACAAGAGAAGGACGUUCUUCAGAAAGUACCCAGUGUUCAAAUAACUUAAUACCAUGUUAUCACCAUCAUUUAUUUGACCCAGUUCUUUUCAAAUGAUUUUUUUUUCUGGAUGUUUGCUCUGAUUGGACGGACUGAGGCUCCCGUGCACAAUCCUGUAACUCAACAACUUUACGAGAGUAGAACCUUUACCUCAAAACGUGUUGAAGUAGAAUUCAGUGUUUUUUGGAGCCCUGCACAUCCUGAGUGUGUGUGUGUGUGUAGUUUCUCUCUUGGUCACAGGGAGGCAGCGGAGGCCACAGCACAGAUUCCUCAGCUCCAGUCUCAACCACUGGAACUGCACAACACAUUAAAUACCAUGGUGUGUUACAUCAUGUGUUGUUGUAUCGUAGAAAUAUCUGCAGCGACAGGACUGGUCUGUGAUGUUCUGACUGUACGUGCAGCUGCUGCUCCACAUGCCUGUGGCCUCGGAAUGUCUGAGGAGUCGCAGCUAUUGUGCAACUGCAAAUGAGCUCUGCUGGUCCCAGUGCCGCUGGAAUUCCAGUCCUGAAGAGCCCCAGCCUCUGCGAGCUGGGGAGAAGCAGGGUGGACGGGUUCUUUCUUUGCAUUGUGGCGGGGAACUUUUAAUUUUCUCUCCCUCCUCUCCCUGUCAUGGAGGCAGAGUUAUGUAAGAGCCGAGGGAGAGUCUUCCCACCGCCCCUCUCUGUUUUUGUUUUUCUCAAUGAGCCAAUGUCUCCCUGCCGAGGCCUCACAGCCUGUGCAGUAGGCCCCUUUCCUGGAAACACUGCCUAGGAGAGGCCACUCAGGGGCAGGCCUGCAAGGCGGGAGGAGGAGGAGGAGGAGGUGGGGGGGGGCUCUUCCAGCAAAUCACAUGUCUGUAGUGUAGACCCUCAGUCCCGGCCCCACUUGAGGCUCAGAUGCACAUUUCAGCAGCUAGUUUGUCAUCAGCAGGACUGGAAGUGGCUGUAAAGCACAUGGCAGCGUGUGGAGGCUCUGAGGUGAAGCUGUGGAAUCCUGGUAUGAACUGUAGAAGAAGAACCACAACGUCUGAUGGAUGGACUCACUGUGUGGUUGUGUGUGUGUGUGUCAUUGUUAUUUUUAUGCGUUUUUAUUUCACAAUGUGAUUACUGUGCAGUAUAACUUGAUGAGCAGUGUUUUUAUCUGCUAGUUGAAGUAUUUCUCUGAAUGGAGGACGAUGGUUUGACUCCAGGGCCUCGAUAUGUUUACGACUGAUUCAUGACAAAGUGAGUUGUUCUGUAACACACUGAUGUGUGUGUGUGUUUGCUGUCGUGCUACAACUGACGACUUGUCUCACUUUAACAGAUCGUUGAUUUAUUUUUUUUGCAAAGAGACAUGUUGCUGUGUCAGGACUGUGGGACAGUUGAUUUAAUGAGACGUAUUAAUAAUCAAUAACUGUGUCAUCGUGCUGUAAACAAACUAUUCAGCCUGAAAAACACAAUAAAGCAGAACAGAGAAUUUCA